UCAGCUUGCGUGAAAAUGAAACCAAGGACAAGGAGAACGUGAAAUGGAUUGUACCACCCCUGGAGACAGCUUUUGGAGGAGUGGGAAAGCCCGGUUCACGCCCUGGUGCUCCACUUCAGCUGAAGGAUGACAACAGUGUUCGUGAAAUAAAUCCAGAAGAAAGUCGGAACUCCAGUGCUUGUGAAAAUAAAGGCGAGAAAAAUGAAAACAGGAUUUGGAUCUCCAAAACACCAAGGGACGUAGGAACGUUGGAAAAGGACAAUUCACCACCUGGCAGGCCACUGCAAUUGACUGAGAACAAGAGAUGCUGUGAAACAGAUUCAGAAGAAAAAAGUCGGAACUCCAUCGCUUGUGAAAAUAAGGGGAGAAAAAUGAAAACAGGAAAUGGACCUCCAAAACCCUGAUGGUUGUAGAAACGUUGGAAAAGACCAAGUCACCUCCUGGUCGUCCACUGCAAUUGACUGAGGUCAAAAGAUUCUGUGAAACAGAUUCAGAAGAAAAAAGUUGGAACCCAAUCUAUUGGAAAAAUAAAGGCAAGAAAAAUGAAAAGAAGAAAUGGACCUCGAAAACCCCGAUGAUUGUAGGAACGUCGGAAAAGGCCACGUCAACGCCAGGUGGCCCACUGCAAUUGACUGAGGUCAAAAGAUUCUGUGAAACAGAUUCAGAAAAAAGCAGUUCCAGGAAAUCUAAUAUUGAUGAUUCGUGGCCUACCUCAGAUGACGACUUCAUAGGUCUCGAUACCAAGGAGGCCUCAAAUCCAAACUUAAGAAGGCUAGCAAUUGCUGUUUGGAAAUACAUGGAAAACAGUAAGCUGUCCGAGAUUGCCUAUUCUUGCAUUAGUUGUUGAUUUGAAAUUACACACAUAUUUUCAUGUGCCCUUUACUUUGUUUUUACUAUAGUAGAAGAAAAACAUGAUAUUGAAAGAACAAAAGGUAGGGCCGUGUUUGAGGACAGUUAUUCUGCUACUCCAGUAGAAAAGUUAGGUGAAACUGUUUCUCAGAUGGUGAUCACAGGCUUCUAAAACCUCUCCAUUUUAGCAAUUUUUUAUUUUACAAAGGUAAGUUUUUUUAAAAGAUUUUUUCCCAUACAUCUGUCACAUUCAUCCUCUAAAUCUAUAUAAUGAUGGGGAGGAUCCUAGAAAAAAGUGGCAUGGAGGUUAAGGAGGAUGGUUUCCACCUGAUCACCUUUGCAGUUUGUGUC